AUGGCGGCUAUGCUCAGCACGUCGAGGGCGGCGGAGGUCGGGCAACACAAUCCAGACCACCGCGGCGUAGAUCUGGCCCACAUAUGGAGAUCUCUUAGAGUUGUCGGCUGUGCCCUCGCCCCUGCGCGGGGCAUUUUUGGCAUCGUCGGCCGUUCCCAUCGCUGUGCGUCCGGCCAUCCCAUUGGGGGAGCCAAAAUUAGCGACGGCGGCGUUGGAGGUCCUGCUGGUCUCGCGCUCGCCUGCGACACCCUAGACCGCUGCGGCAGGGUUUUGGGCCGUGUCGACGGCCGUCCUGUGAGCAUCGGGAAAGAAAACAACCUUGUCUGCAGGAGGAAAGCAAAUCCUUGCUCUAAAGGACUAUCCUGCAGAAAGUGGAGAUCAGAUCUUAGACUUGCAGACCUCCCAGAGGAUGUACUACGCAUAGUAUUUUCAAAACUCCAAUACAGUGAAGUAGUCAGGACCAGUGUUCUGUCAAGUAAGUGGAGGCGUAUGUGGAUUAUUUCUUCAAGACUAAGUCUUGAUUGUACUGCAAUACGUGGCCAGUGUCGUUACUUCCGUGACAAAAAAAGAUAUACUCAACAAUGCAUUGACAUUGUUAAUACGGUAGUGUGCCAGUUUCAUGGCGAGGUGGUUGAAGAGCUUGAGGUCAGAGUUGAAUUUCAUGAUAUGCUUGUUGGUCAUCUGAAUAAUUGGAUCAGUUUUGCUGUGUCGUCUCUAACAAAGAAUCUAGCAUUGGAUUUACUGCCAGCUGAGUUCAUAGGUGAGGAGGAUAUGUAUAUCUUCCCCGUUGAACUUUUUGACAGUGCAAGCAUAUCACGGUUACAACAUCUUCAGCUUAGUAGUGUAUCCUUCAAACCAGGUUCCCAGUUUAUGGGUUUCCCAAAUCUGAAGAAGCUUGAUCUGCAAUUAUUUUCUGUAUCUAGAAAGAAUCUUGAAGAUAUGUUAGCUGGUUGCUCUACUCUGACGUGGUUGAGCUUAAGUAGAUGUUGCAUGAAAGAUGAGCUAACAGUGAAACAACCAUUGGACCGUUUAAUGUACUUGCGUAUUGUGGAUUGCAGUAUAACGAAAAUAGAGUUACAAGCAGAAAAUCUUAAGACUUUUGAAUACAAUGGAGAACAAGUACCUAUUGACCUUGGUAAAGUUAAGCAACUAGAGACAGCACAAGUUUAUUUGUAUGGUCUCACUCUUAACUAUGCCCUCACUGUGCUUCCAAACGUUCUUACGGGUGUAAAAAAUUUCACUUUGGACACUUAUCUACCUUUAGAGACGCCCUUAUUGCUGGACAGAAUUUGCAUUUUUUCUCAGCUCAAAAUUUUACGAUUGUUGCUCUUAAUUGAUACUAGAAGCACUCCUAAUGUUCUGUCAUUGGUAUCUUUCCUGAGAGCUUCCCCUUUCAUCGAGGAACUGGAGGUGCAUUUUCAUCUUCUUGAUUUCUUCGAAGGUCCAGGAUGGGGAACUUUACAGAGGCUUCCCGGCAGUUCAUACAAGUAUCUAAGGAACGUGCUUCUUACCGGGUUUAAUUCGGUCAAGGGACAGCUUGAGUUCCUGGUACAUAUAGUGGAAAAUGCUCCUGACCUAAAGGUUUUGACUAUAGAUCCGAGGAAGAAGAAGUUUAUAUUUCUGAUGACCUAUGUUUUAGCUAGCUAUGAUGAAAGUUUGAAGAAUAGAAAUUCUCGUGUGCUGGAGCAAUUAAUGUAUGCAGAGCAUGUUGGUCUGGAUGUGGCGACAAAGAUCAAGACCGGGAGCGGUGCACGGGUGAUUCCGAUGACUGUCCACUUGGCCACCUGCUUUGAUCGAUUAGCUAGCUCACUGAUGGAUUAG